AUGUCGACUUGGCAUCGGCAAUCUUCGGCGUUGAAGAAGUUCCUCCUGGCUGUCGUGGCUCUUAUAGCCUCCGCGUGCUUGGCCUACGACGUCGUCCGAACGUCUCCGCGCAAAGCUACCCCCGUGAAAAAGGAAACUGUGAAGCGCGAAGAAAGCGCAGUUUUUGAAUCCGGGCGUGCGACCUACAGCAAGGCGGUGAUCGCUUUGCUGACGACUGCAGCACUAGCCGUCGUGGUUUCCGUUAUAGUUGUUGACCUGCGGACGUCGGCGAUCGCUGCCGCGCUCAAAGACACCACGAAGGUCGACCCUGUUCCAAUGCCCGCUCCAAGGCGGUACGUGCUGGACAUGCCUCCCCGCGAAGAGAACCUCGGAAUGAGCAGCAUGUUUUGGAAGUUCGCCGUGUCGCUUCCAGUUACCGUGACUGUGGCGUUGAUCGCCAUCCACGCGGCGAGUGCGCCUCUGGGCGAGCAAAGGGGCACAGACAAAGGAACGCCGUCGGAGAGGGAGGCGAGAGACGUGAAGCCGGUCCCGAGCGCGCCGGAAGGAGAGCACUCAGCGAACAACAGGAACCAAGCGCACCACUUCGAGAAGGAGCUGCUAGACACCAUCAAGCUGCUCAGUCGAGGCGAGCGUGAAAUCCGGCAAAGCGCACGACCCAAGGAGAGGGGCGGGCAGGAGUCAGGGCGGGCGACGCCAGUCGACUCGGCGAAGAGACCGAAUCCUAAGGAAGACGGCAGCGACGGCGCCGGAAAGAGUGACCCCGUCAGCCGAUCGAACACGCCUGCGGAGUCUCAAGACAGCCGGGCGACUGCCUCGUCGCAAGACAGUCUGACUCCACAGGAUCAGGCGAUGGUGGCGGAAAGCAUCCUUCUUCCAGACAACCCGACCGCAGGACAGCAGAAAACGAAGCCAGGAGAGACGACGGCGGAAGGAAACGGGAGCAUAGACCAGGAGGAAAACGCCCAAUUUGGCGGCGAAGGAAACGCGCCGCGGUCCCACGAGAGAGGAGAAUGCGAGUCUUCGAAUCACGUGACCGUGUAG